CUCACUUGUUAAAUCACCCGCCAUUUAACAUUUCUCUGAAACCCUAAUCUCUCUCUCUCUCUCUAAAUUCGAAGAAAUUUCUAAAAAUAUCUUUCAGUAUCACAAUUUCUAAUUCCGAUUAUUCUCUGCUCAAUCGAAUCUCUUCUGUUCGUAGAGCAAUUCCACUCUCAAUUCGAGUCUCAUUUUCCAUUUUCAUCACCUCAAGCAAAUUCCAAUUCCUCUUUCACUCUCUUUAAUUUCUAGGGUUUCAAAAAUGCCAGUGAAUCUGACGCCAGAUGCGAUUUCGGCAAUAAACGCCGGUGAUGUGAAUUCGAAGCCGCUCGUUCAGGUAUUGGACAUCAAACUCAUUGGUAACAGUAACGCUCAGGAACGAUACCGUUUUCUGCUGUCCGAUGCCGUUUUUACUGAGCACGCAAUGCUGGCCACUCAGCUCAAUGAUCGUGUGAAGAGCGGCCAAGUUCGUAAGGGAUCUGUUAUUCAGUUGAUCGAUUACAUCUGCAGUACUGUUCAGAAUCGCAAGAUUAUUGUUGUUCUAAACAUGGAAACUAUUAUAUCAGACUGUGAAACCAUUGGGAACCCAAAAAUGUUAUCAGGUUCUGAUUCAACAGCUCAAAAACCAGUUCCUGCUAGCAGUUCAGGGUUCCCAACAAAGGCUACAAAUAGCAAUCAUCGGAGUGCCCAAAAUUCCGGUAAUAAUAUUCAGAGUUUUCGCCCUACUAUUCAACCUCCCUACCAACCUCCUCCAAAUUACAGAAACCAUGGGGCAAUUACGAGAAAUGAGGCACCGGCACGCGUUAUUCCAAUAGCUGCUUUGAAUCCGUACCAGGGCCGUUGGGCUAUCAAGGCAAGAGUGACUGCAAAGGGAGAUAUCCGCCGCUACAACAAUGCCAGGGGAGAUGGGAAGGUCUUUUCUUUUGAUAUACUCGACUCUGAUGGAGGAGAAAUACGAGCAACCUGCUUUAAUGCUGUUGUUGACCGUUUUUAUGAUAUCAUUGAGGUUGGAAAAGUCUAUAUGAUAUCAAAAGGCAGCUUAAAACCUGCCCAGAAGAACUUCAACCAUCUGAAGAAUGAAUGGGAGAUAUUUUUGGAGGCAACUUCAACCGUGGAUCUUUGCCCAGAUGAAGAUGGUUCCAUACCACAGCAGCAGUUCUUAUUCAAAAGUAUCAGUGAGAUUGAGAGCAGCAAAAGCAAUUCCAUAUUAGAUGUUAUUGGUAUAGUAAUAUCUGUGAACCCUUCAGUCCCUAUCUUGAGAAAAAACGGUAUGGAAACUCAGAGAAGGAUUCUGAAUCUAAAGGAUCAAUCUGGGCGGAGUGUUGAAUUAACACUUUGGGGAGAUUUCUGCAACAGGGAAGGUCAAACGCUGCAAGAAAUGGUUGAUGCUGGGCUUUUUCCAGUUUUAGCUGUCAAAGCUGGGAAAGUUAAUGACUUCAGUGGGAAAUCAGUAGGGAGUAUUUCUGCCACCCAGCUCUUCAUAAAUCCAGAUUCUCCAGAGGCCCAUAGCCUGAGACAGUGGUUUGAUCAAGGGGGAAAGAAUACUUCGUCUCAGUCCAUCUCUAAAGACAUUAUGCCAGGGGGGGCAAAGAAUGAGAUCCGCAAAACAGUGUCUCAGAUCAAAGACGAAGCUCUUGGAAGAUCAGAUAAGCCAGAUUGGGUCACAGUGAAGGCAACCAUAUCUUUCAUUAAAACAGAUACUUUCUGUUACACAGCUUGCCCAUUAAUGAUUGGAGACAGACAAUGUAAUAAGAAAGUGACGAGGGCAGGAAAUUCAGGAUGGCAAUGUGACAGGUGUAAUCAAGAAUUUGAGGAGUGUGAUUACAGAUACCUUCUCCAAGCUCAAAUUCAAGAUCAUACGGGAUUGACUUGGGUGACAGCUUUUCAGGAGUCAGGGGAAGAGAUCUUGGGUUGUUCUGCAAAAGAGUUGUACUUUAUGAAACAUGAAGAACAGGACGAUUUGAGGUUUGGAGAAGUCAUCCGAAACAGUCUCUUCACCAACUAUCUGUGUAGGCUUAAAAUUAAAGAGGAAAUGUAUGGUGAUGAACAAAGGGUGAAGAUCACGGUUGUCAAGGCAGAGAAGGUAGACUAUUCUGCGGAGUGCAGAUACCUGCUUAAUUUGAUUCCGGGGUUUCAACACCACUGAAACCAUUCUGAACCAAAAGAAAUGGUCAUGCAGUAGUUUUAGUUCUGCGGAAAAGAUUAACCUUCUGAUGAAGAGAAACCAACACUGAAUCUGUUAUUGACUUUAUGAAUAAAUGUCAGAAGAUCAAUAUAUUUGUACAAGCCACCACCAAGGUGAGUUUGCAUAUCUGUUCUUAACAUUUUUAAAGUUCCACUUACAAUUCAAUUGUAGCAGUUUUUAUUCACUUGAAUAUAAACAAUAUAAAUCCAUUGCCUU